AAUGAUCAACAACCCCUCCCGUAAGAAGCAGAAAACACCCAAACACACACACACAGUGUGACAAAUGAACACGGAACAACGAAGUGGCAGUGGAUCCAUUCGCAUCGAGCGCAGUGCCUAAUCAAAGUUCGCCAAGCACGAGGCGAUGGUGGCGGUAUCGACUAGGAGAGCAAGCAAGAAAGGUCGCCGCAGUGGUGCUCGAAGUGCGUAGAUUCGUGAGCUCGGCGCGCUCUUCUGUUGCAGUGUUUUUCUUAAUGGUAUUUGUUUUGGUUCGGGAUUGGAGAUGGUGGAGUAGACAUGAAGUGGGUGCUCGGCAUCAUGGGGGUUGCAGGGGGGUGCCAUAGAUGUGGGCGCUGGUCGUAGCCUGACGUCGAGCUGUGCCUCGCACCAUGAAGCCGGUCGAGACUGGACAGUUUGGUCACCAUCGCGGUGACGGAUCUGAUCACAAGUGCUGCAGUAGUAGCAGAAGCAGCUGCAGUAAUCCGAGAGCAACCCUGUGCCCGUCCUCCAGCGCCUCCGCCAUCGCCACCAGGAUUUCCCUCCUGAUUGUGUGCGCGUUCACCAUCUUCCUCGUCUUCUUCUGUGACGAUUACACUGAGCAUGCGACGACAUCGCGCAAUGUGUUGCUCAUGCACGACCACCCCGCGUCGACCCGAGAACAGAAGCCAGCAGAGCUCGAGCUACAAGAGAAUUCUGCCAAGCUCACUAGCUCGUGCAAGGGCAGGUUGGUGUAUGUGUAUAACAUCUCGGAGGUUUACAAUCGGGAAUUCGUGAGAGAAUGUGCCUCGUUUAAGAAGGGGCGGGAUUUGUGUAUGUACAUGGAGAAUUUGGGGAUGGGGAGGGGAUUCGGUUUCGGCGUGGAUCAUGGGGGGCCCGUGGGUGGGGAGUCGGAGCAAGGGCCGUGGUACAACACAUGGCAGUUCGCGCUGGAGCUUUACUUUCACGAGCGGCUGCUGCGGCAUCCUUGCGUGACGGAGAGGAAGGACCUUGCGACUGCGUUCUUCCUACCCUACUACGCGGGGAUGGACUUAUCGCGGAGGUUCACGCAUCGGUUGGCGAAGGAUGAGUUGUACAUGAAUCUCGGGAAGUGGUUGCAGGGACGGGAGAGCUGGAAGCUACGCGAGGGGCGCGAUCAUUUCAUGGUGUUGGGGAGAAUUGCAUCGGACUUUCACCGCGAGGGUGGGGAUCGGGAUUGGGGAAAUAGGAUGCUACGACAGAAGGCGUUUAAAGAAAUGGUUGUCGUGGCAAUCGAGCACACGUAUGGAAGAUUUAGGGAAGGAGCGUCAAUUGACAACGAGAUCGCCAUACCGUACCCCACAUAUUUUCAUGCCUCGUCGGACGGCGAAAUUCAAAGUCUCAUCGCCUGGCUUGGUCAAGGCUUGCAGAGAGUGUCGCUGGCGACUAUGGCUGCCGGGCAGCGUUCACCCUCCACAAACAAAAUGCGGUACCGAUUGAUGACCCAGUGUGGCGACGAUCCUCGCUGCACCUUACUUCGUUGUGUUGGUCAUGAAUCUUCCUCCAGCCUCCCGGACCAGAUAGGAAACAUCUCCUCAUCGAUGAAGCUGGAAGGCAAGACGCUCGACGUGCCCUGCAACAAUCCCCAAGUUCUUCUGAAUGCGAUGCACCAAUCCGAAUUCUGUCUGCAACCACCGGGUGACAGUCCCACUCGCCGAUCAUUCUUCGACUCCAUGCUCGUGGGAUGCAUUCCUGUCAUCUUUCACAGGGAGGCAGCGUGGUCACAGUAUGUUCACCAUCUUCCCGAAAACGGCGAGAGUUAUUCGGUCUUCAUUCCGAUGGCGCUAGCGAUCAAGAGCAAUGUACUCAACAUCUUGAGCGAAAUCAAGGAGUCGAAGAUUAAAGAAAUGCGUGCGAACAUCGCAAAGCUCAUCCCUCGAAUUCUAUACGCUCGCCUAAGUGAAUCACCCACGGGAAAAUCCAAUUCUGCUGAUCAAACUCUGGACGCAUUUGACAUCGCCCUCGACCAAGUAUUGAAGAGAAUCACCUCCCGCCAAAGCUGACGCGAUACGAGAACCUCUUCGCCAUGGCAAUUUUUUGUCGUGGUGUACGGUGUAAUGGACUGCUGACUCUAAUUCAACAUGUAAACUACAGAAGCAAACCAAAAUUGGGGUUAUAUUUGGCUCCUGUAGGACCCUCUACAAGCACGAUUCUAAUCUGUGCAAUGCUACUCACCAUCUAGCAUCGGCAAAGAGCGUGAAAUGAUGAGAAACCUGCGUAGUGACCAAAGUCCUUGCUCCAAGUGUAGAAUCUUUCUACUUUAGAUGUGGCUUCAUACAUACAUUGUGUCCAGAAGUUAUUUUUUGACUCGACUUUUCAUUCCUCAAUUCUCCUUUCUCCCACGAGGAGUUGUACUGGGAAAGCUCACCUCGAGUCCGAGGGUAGCAGAGUGGGCAGCGUUAGAGCGACCUGUUGUGGAUUACAAGCUCCAUCGUUGUCUGCAUAAAUGCUGCAUCAUGGCAAUAACCGGUCACCGUUCCUGUCCACGUCCAUGAUCUAGAUGCUUGCACCACAUUUGAGCUAGAAUGUGAAAGGGCUCCGGAUUAUGAAAAUUAAUGUGCUAAAUAAAACCCAGUGUUCCAACCAAGUUUAAAGACAGGGUUGGGGAACAAGGUGCGUGAUUCUA